UUGGGUCACUUCUCUGAAUCGAAUGAAUAUAUUUUAUUUUACUAUUAUAAUACUUAUUUAUGCAUAUACUUGAAAACAAAAUGUCUAAAUCAUUCGCAUGUCAAUUGAGGAAUGAAGAAUGUUGACAUUCGUCUAAUGGGCAUGUGAAAUAUUGCGAUGUCAAGUAUUGAUGUGUUUUAUUUGAUUUAUUUGAAACCUUAAGGUCUACAUUUCCAAAUGUAUCCGUAGAAAAUGAAGACAAGUCAUCAUGCGGUGCAUCAUAGUCCUUGGGGUGUGUGAGUGGAAGGGGGUGCGGCUGCCACAGUUCCAGAAGUGGGAGAGAGAAAGGCCUUUGAACCCCAGAGAGGCACAAUCUGCCGCAUAGACAGAUUGUGAUGUCAGAGGAAGACUGUAAACCCGGCCAGGCUCUGGAGGCCAAGGCAGAGCCAGUGGCACCCAGUGGCCAGGGACCUGCGUCCGUGUCCACAACUGUGUCGGGGCCCCCUACCCCCACCGAGGAUGAGGAUGAGAGCGAAGACGAGUCUGAGAUCCUGGAGGAGAGCCCUUGCGGCCGCUGGCAGAAACGCAGAGAGGAGGUGAACCAGCGGAACGUCCCAGGGAUAGACGCUGCCUACCUGGCCAUGGACACUGAGGAGGGGGUGGAAGUGGUCUGGAACGAGGUCAUGUUCUCUGAGAGGAAAAACUUCAAGCUGCAGGAGGAGAAGGUGAAGUCUGUGUUUGACAACUUGAUUCAGCUGGAGCAUCUCAACAUUGUCAAGUUUCACAAGUACUGGGCUGACAUCAAUGACAUCAACCGUGCCAGGGUGAUUUUCAUCACAGAGUACAUGUCCUCAGGAAGUCUGAAGCAGUUUCUGAAGAAGACUAAGAAGAACCACAAGACCAUGAAUGAAAAGGCCUGGAAGAGAUGGUGCACCCAGAUCCUCUCAGCGCUCAGUUACCUCCACUCCUGUGAGCCGGCCAUCAUCCAUGGGAACCUGACCUGUGACACAAUCUUCAUCCAGCACAAUGGACUCAUCAAGAUAGGAUCAGUGGCUCCAGACACCAUCAACAACCAUGUGAAGACCUGCAGAGAGGAACAGAAGAACCUGCACUUCUUUGCUCCUGAAUAUGGAGCUGUUGCAGAUGUCACUACUGCAGUGGAUAUCUAUUCCUUUGGGAUGUGUGCCCUGGAGAUGGCAGUGUUGGAGAUCCAGGGGAAUGGAGAAUCUUCCUACGUCUCUCAGGAGGCCAUCAACAAUGCCAUACAGUCACUGGAAGACCCACUACAGAGGGAGUUUAUUCAGAAGUGUCUGGAGGCUGACAUGUUUAAGAGGCCUACAGCCAGAGAGCUGCUGUUCCACCAGGCUCUGUUUGAGGUGCCCCUGUUGAAGCUGCUAGCUGCACACUGCAUCGUCAGCCACCAGCAUAUGAUCCCUGAGAAUGCCUUAGAGGAGAUCACGAAGAACAUGGACCCCAACCUCAUCAUCGCUGAGAUAAAGGAGGGCGUGCAGCUCAAGCUGUCUCAGUUUCCUGCCCUGGAGCUGGAUAAGUUCCUGGAGGAUGUGAGGAACGGUAUCUACCCCCUGACAGCGUUCGGUCUGCCCUCUCGCCAGCAGCCCCAGCAAUCCCCUGUCAAAUCCCCCAUUGUCACCCCCUCUGUAAAAUCCCCUACCCCAGAACCUUCGGAACUGGAGACACGCAAGGUUGUUCAGAUGCAGUGUAAUAUUGAGCCAUUGGAGGAGGGUGCAAAACAUCAUCUGACACUACUGUUGAAGCUGGAGGACAAACUGAACAGACACUUAAGCUGUGACUUGUUACCCAAUGAGAAUGUAAAGGAACUGGCUGUUGAGCUGGUCCAACUGGGCUUUAUCAGCGAGGUGGACCAAAGCAGGAUGGCCACUGUACUAGAAGAGGCCUUCACCAAGUUCUUCAGCAGGAACGAUUCCCUCAACCCCGUUACUGUGUCCUCAUAACAGGAUCACCACGGACCCCAACUCCAGUACCUCUAUAUAUGCCUACAGGUACCUCCGUAGGUGGUUUGAAAUCGGAUACAAAUCUAAUUUCUAGCCGUGCGACUUGUCUGAACAGUCAAAUCUGAUUUAUUUUCCCUCAUAGUUUUUACUGUUAUUUGGCUUAUGUUGUUGCUUGAUAGCUUCUCUGUUGACAGUUUGACAAGAACAUGUGGUAGCUACCUAGCUUUUGUUAAUUGUUUACAAACGUUUGGGUGUGCUAGAGAGCUAAACUGCUAGCUAGUUGAUUGAUUGCUGUGGCUAGCCAAAAUAGCACUCGUUUUGAAAGUUUGGUCAUCUCAUCCUUUUGAGGCUUUAAAACUGUUUCUUAAUUAACUCUGAUUUUGAACAUUUAAAGCAACUGGGAAAUGUUACCUUAGCUAACUACAUAAGUGAUAGGGAGCACCGCCACCAAUCAGCUUACACCACACCCCCGUCGUUAAUGACAACUAGUGUAGCCCAAUGACUGCUGUCUGAACACCCAUUCAUCUGAUUUGGUCAGACGGGAGAAAUACUCCAGAUAUAGCAGACCCUAGGCCCCCGGACACAAACUAUUGCAGCAUAAAUACUGGAGGCUGAGACAGGAAGGGCCGGGAAACACUGGCCCCAUCCAACGAUACCCCCGGACGGGGCCAAACAGGCAGGAUAUAACCCCACCCACUUUGCCAAAGCACAACCCCCAACUUACUAUCCCGAGACAAGGCCGAGUAAAGCCCAUGAAGAUCUCCCCCUCGGCACGAACCCAGACAUCGAAGGGCACCAGUGACUCAGCCCCUGUAAUAGGGUUAGAGGCAGAGAAUCCCAGUGGAAAGAGGGGAACUGGCCAGGCAGAGACCGCAUGGGCGGUUUGUUGCGCCAGUGCCUUUCCGUUCACCUUCACACUCCUGGGCCAGACUACACUCAAUCAUAGGACCUACUGAAGAGAUGAGUCUUCAAUUAAGACUUAAAGGUUGAGACCGAGUCUCUCACAUGGGUAGGCAGACCAUUCCAUACAAAUGGAGCUCUAUAGGAGAAAGCCCUGCCUCCAGCUGUUUGCUUAGAAAUUCUAGGGACAGUAAGGAGGCUUGUGACCGUAGUGUACGUGUAGGUAUGUACGGCAGGACCAAAUCGGAAAGAUGGGAAGGAGCAAGCCCAUGUAAUGCUUAGUAGGUUAGUAGUAAAACCUUAAUCAUCCCUAGCCUUAACAGGAAGCCAGUGUAGACAGGCUAGCACUGGAGUAAUAUGAUCACAUUUUUUGGUCAAGAUUCUAGCAGUCGUGUUUAGCACUAACUGAAGUUUAUUUAGUGCUUUAGCCGGAAAGUAGAGCAUUGCAGUCGUCUAACCUAGAAGUGACAAAAGCAUUGAUCAAUGAGAAUGAAUGUGAAUUUGGUUGGGUCGCCCAAAAAGUAACAUUGCAGCUUUAAGGUCUGAAGUGUGAAUAAGGCUUAAAUCUAUGGGGGACCAUAUAGCCUUGCAGGGCUGCCCGAGUCAGUCCCCCUCUGUUUACUCUUCUCUUUAUAGUAGCAACUUGUUUUGGGAAGAAAGCCAACAGUUAUCACAUGUCAGUAUUACUUGUUUGUGCUUUAGAAGUGCAUUUAAUGUCUUUGCCAUUAGCCUUUUUUUGUGGCUGUAUACAAGCACACCUGCUCUCUGCCUCUGUGUGGUCACUACGGCUAUGCAUGAAUGUCUGCGGUGAACUUUGCUCUCUUUCUGAAUGCUAUAAGUGAGCCUUGUAUACAUGUAUGAGUGGGGUAGGGGGAGUCUAGAGUAUUAAUGUUACAAAUGUGUCAUAUCUUCACUUUUUUAACAAACUGAAAUGUUUACUGUGGUCUUAACUGAUGGAGCCACACCCCCAUGGAGUCUGAGCCAAUAGUCUGGGAGGGAUGGGAUUUACUGCCUGUCAAUCAAAGCAGAUUUACAGGAGAUGUCCAAUGGCUGAAGUUAAGGUGGCUGAUCGGUGAACACCGUAUUCAUGCCUCUGCUUGGCUAACUCCACUUUAUAUAGUCUGUUAAAAAUAUAUAUUUUUUAACUUAUACUGUACUUAUUCUGGAUAAUUUAAUGGUUUCCUUUGAAUAUUGUGGCUGUCAAGUUUUUUAAAAAAAUUUUGUGAACAGGUAAUGAUUUACUUUACUCUACAACCCAAAGAGGAGUUGAAGUCCAAAUAUGAAAUGAGUAUAUGAGUGGACAAACUGUUAAUCUAGUGUCCUGGCUCUAACUCAUACUGCUUCAACUAAGCUGUUUAUGUCUUGGCAACGCUAGUGCUGUUGAGUGCAGAAACGGUUAGGUGAUCAGGUUCAGUAGGGCACAACGUUGUGGAAUUUUGACAUCAGAAAGUAUUCAGACCCCUCGACUUUUUCCACAUUUUGUUACCUUACAGCCUUAUUCUAAAAUUCAUUAGAUGUGUUUUUUCUUUCUUGUCAAUCUACACACGAUACCCCAUAAUGACGAAGCAAAAAGGUUUAGACAUUAUUGCAAAUUUAUACAAAAAAAGAGUCACAUUUACAUAAGUAUUCAGAUCCUUUACUCAGUACUUUGUUGAAGCACCUUUGGCAGUGAUUACAGCCUCGAGUAUGACGUUACAAGCUUGUCACACCUUUAGUUGGGGAGUUUCUCCCAUUCUUCAGAACCUCUCAAGCUCUGUCAGGUUGGAUAGGGAGCGUUGCUGCACAGCUAUUUUCAGGUCUCUCCAGAGAUGUUUGAUCGGGUUCAAGUCCGGGCUCUGCCUGGGCCACGCAAGGACAUUCAGAGACUUGUCCCGAAGCCACUCCUGUGUUGUCUUGGCUGUGUGCUUAGGGUCGUUGUUCUGUUGGAAGGUGAACCGUUGCCCCAGUUGGAGUUCCUGAGCGCUCUGGAGCAGGUUUUCACCAAGAAUCUGUUCUUUGCUCCGUCUUUUGCCUCGAUCCUGACUAGUCUCCUAGUCCCUUCCUCUGAAAAACAUCCCCACAGCAUGGUGCCAGGUUUCUUCCAGACGUGAUGCUUUGCAUUCAGGCCAAAGAGUUCAAUCUUGGUUUCAUCAGACCAGAGAAUCUUGUUUCUCAUGGUCUGAGUCCUUUAGGUGCCUUUAUUUGCAAACUCCAAGUGGCCUGUCAUGUGCCUUUUACUGAGGAGUGGCUUCUGUCUGGCCACUACCACAAAGGCCUGAUUGGUUGUCCUUCUGGAAGGUUCUCCCAUCUCUGCAGCACUCCACCAUCUCCACAGAGGAGCUCUGUCAGUGUCCAUUGGUUCUUGGUCACCUCCCUGACCAAUGCACUGAUUGCUCAGUUUGUCUGGGCAGCCAACUCUAGGAAGAGUCUUGGUGGUUCUAAACUUCCAUUUAAGAAUGAUGCAGGUCCCUGUUUUCUUGGACCUUCAAUGCUGCAGAAAUGUUUUGGUACCCUUCCCCAGAUCUGUGCCUCGACACAAUCCUGUCUCGGAGCUCUACGGACAAUUCCUUCGACCUCUGCUCUGACAUGCACUGUCAACUGUGGGACCUUAUAGGCAGGUGUGUGUGUCUUUCCAAAUCAUGUCCAAUCAAUUGAAUUUAUCACAGGUGGACUCCAAUCGAGGUGUAGAAACAUCACAAGGAUGAUCAAUGAAAACAGGAUGCACCUGAGUUCAAUUUCGAGUCUUUUUAUUUAUUUUAUUUUCACCUUUAUUUAACCAGGUAGGCAAGUUGAGAACAAGUUCUCAUUUACAAUUGCGACCUGGCCAAGAUAAAGCAAAGCAGUUCGACACAGAGUUACACAUGGAAUAAAACAAACAUACAGUAUAAACAAGUCUAUAUACGAUGUGAGCAAAUGAGGUGAGAUAAGGGAGGUAAAGGCAAAAAAAGGCCAUGGUGGCAAAGUAAAUACAAUAUAGCAAGUAAAACACUGGAAUGGUAGAUUUGCAGUGGAAGAAUGUGCAAAGUAGAAAUAAAAAUAAUGUGGUGCUAAAUAAAUACAGUAGGGGGAGAGGUAGUUGUUUGGGCUAAAUUAUAGGUGGGCUAUGUACAAGUGCAGUAAUCUGUGAGCUGCUCUGACAGUUGGUGCUUAAAGCUAGUGAGGGAGAUAAGUGUUUCCAAUUUCAGAGAUUUUUGUAGUUCAUUCCAGUCAUUGGCAGCAGAGAACUGGAAGGAGAGGCGGCCAAAGAAAGAAUUGGUUUUGGGGGUGACUAGAGAGAGAUACCUGCUGGAGCGUGUGCUACAGGUGGGAGAUGCUAUGGUGACCAGCGAGCUGAGAUAAGGGGGGACUUUACCUAGCAGGGUCUUGUAGAUGACAUGGAGCCAGUGGGUUUGGCGACGAGUAUGAAGCGAGGGCCAGCCAACGAGAGCGUACAGGUCGCAAUGGUGGGUAGUAUAUGGGGCUUUGGUGACAAAACGGAUUGCACUGUGAUAGACUGCAUCCGAUUUGUUGAGUAGGGUAUUGGAGGCUAUUUUGAGUCUAUUUGAGGCUAUUUGGAGUCUCAUGAUAAAGGUUCUGAAUACUUAUGUUAAGGUUUUUUAAUAAAUGUUCAAAAGAAUCACAUGUUUUCCCUUUGUCAUUGUGUGUGGAUUGCUGAGGAAACCUUUGUAUUUAAUCCAUUGUAGAAGGCUAUAACAUAACAAUGUGGAAAAAAUCAAGGGGUCUGAGUACUUUCUGAAGGCACUGUGUAGAACUGUCACACCUCUUAUGAAUCCUGUUAGCCGUCUUCAUUGCUUUUCUAUCUGCAGUGUUCAGUACGUUGCACCCUCCUAAACGCAACCCAAGUUACAGAAUGAUGCACUUACCGUAAGUGUACUCAACAGCCUCUUUCCCCAAAGCUGGAUUAUUUGCUGGAAGAAUGACAACCGCUGUAGUUUGACUGGUUAGCUGGAUCACAUGUCUGGUACGCAGAAAUGUUUCUGUCCACUGUAAACAAUCUGUCUGGAAAAACUGCAACAGCAAAGCCCUCAACUAGAUCCAACCUCAAUCAUAACAUUUGUUUUACAGUUACUGUAUUCACAAUCUGCAUUUUUCUUUAUACUGUAUUUUUUACUUUGGAGCGCUUGGGCAGCGCGUUUAGUGAUUGAGAAAUAAGUGGGUUGCUGAGAGGUUUGUGGUGGUAGUAGUGUGUGUGCAUAUGUGUGCCUUCUGAGAGCCUUUGCAAUGUAUGAUUUGUUAAUGUCCCUUAUAUUAAAUUGUUUGGUAUUCUGUAUGAUUAAAUAUGUAGCCAUCA